AUGCCAGAUGCCUGCUUAGAAGCUGCUUAUCAGGAUAGAAAGAGUAACAAGAGAAGGCAGCAGGACUUAAAGAAGGAGACUGAAAGCAGGAAAGCAGCUGAGUUAUUACUGUCCUUGAAAAUCGAGCAGCUGCAGAAACAAUUACAAGAAGAAAAGGAGGAGGAGCAAAAGUUGGAGGAAAAGGUUGAGAUGAUGCUUAUGCAGGCUCCCAAUCCCCCUGAUAUUGUGCGUAUUAGAAAACUAAUUGUAUCCCCUGAAGAAUGGGAUGAAAAGUCUAAUCACGGCAUAGGGACUCAGUUCCUUCUCCUGGGAUUCUCUGAUAGUUGUGAAUUGCAAAUAUUUCAUUUUCUGGUAUUUCUCCUUCUUUACCUUGCUGCCUUGACUGGGAACUGCCUCAUCAUAACAGUUGUGCUUGACCACCAGCUCCACAGUCCCAUGUGCUUCUUCCCGAUGAACCUCUCCAUCUCUGACCUUGGCUCCAUCUCUGUCCUGGUCCUCAAAUCCAUGUCUAUAUUAGCCUUUUAUGUUCCGAUUUCACUGGCAGUGUCGAGAAUCCCUUCUGAGGAAGGCCAACAUAAAGCCUCCUCCACCUGCGUCCCCGACCUCACUGUGGUCUCUUUGUUUAGUUGUAUGGGUAGUACUGCUUACACGAAGCCCAUCUCCACCUUCUCAUCAGCCUUGGCACCUGUAAUAGCUGUGCUCUGUUCUGUGUUGCCUCCAAUACCAAAUCCUGCUAUCUACAGAACGAAAAACAAGGAGAUUAUAGGAGCUGUGAGGAAGUUGAUCAAAAGGAAUCUUUGA